UCAUUGCUUAGCUUUUCUUUAGUACUUUGUGAGUCUUGAAGGUUGUGGUUUUUUAUGUGAUCAUGGGAAUUCAAAAGCCAACAUGGUUGGAAGCUCUAUAUAGAGAGAAAUUCUUUGCUCCAUGUUCAAUUCAUGAGAGUGCAAAGAAGAAUGAGAAGAAUAUAUGUUGUUUAGAUUGUUGCACAAGUAUUUGCCCUCAUUGUGUUAUGGCACAUCGUUUCCAUAGACUUCUUCAAAUUCGACGUUACGUUUACCAUGAUGUUGUUCGACUUGAGGACCUAGAGAAGCUCAUAGAUUGCUCAAACGUUCAGGCCUACACAAUAAAUAGUGCUAAGGUGAUUUUCAUCAAGAAAAGACCUCAAAAUAGGCAAUUCAAAGGAUCUGGAAAUUAUUGCACUUCUUGUGAUAGAAGCCUUCAAGAACCCUUUAUUCAUUGCUCUCUAGGAUGCAAGGUGGAUUUUGUGCUACACCACUACAAUGACAUUUCUCCAUUCUUAAGGAGAUGUACAACAUUACAACUUGGUCCGGACUUUUUUAUCCCUCAUGACAUGGCUGAUUAUGACACGGCUAACGAGACGGCCCAAUCGACGAUCGUGGACAAUGAUGAGCCCUGGGGCUCAUCGUUGACGUCUGGAUCGUCGUCGGGAUCGGAGAACAUGAUGUUGAUGAGUACUACUAAUAAUUUUCCAUGUGUGAGGAAGAAAAGAAGUGGACUAUAUGUGUGUGGAAGAAUUACAAUCAAUAGUUAUAAUAAAAACAUAAGUGAUGAAGACAUGGCUACUAGCAUGAGUAGAAGAAAAGGGAUUCCUCAUAGGUCACCUUUAUGUUAGAAAAUUUAAUAA